AGGCACUAGGUAGAGCAGCCAUAGCUCGCUGGUGUUUGUUGACCGGAUCAAUCGCUUGGCUCUCCAGUGCAUGACUUGGGCUCUUAGAUUUGGCGAGGAGGGAGCGACCCAAGUCGCCAAAAUCGCGGCUUAGGCACGGCUUAUGGCCCUAGCGGCAUCGUCGUCCUCCUCGUCCGGAUUCCUGCGCCUCGCCGACGCCCGGAGGAAGAAUUUGCCGCUCCGCCCGCAGCGCAAUCUCCCCCAGCUCCGGACGAUGAGCGCCAGGGCCUGCUCGUCCCCGAAUUCGUCGUCGGGCACCUCCGCCGGUGGCGAUCUGGUGACGAGCGGCAAGAAAGUGGUGCCGUAUGCCAACUAUGCCGUGCCCAUCGACAAUUCCAGCGCCUCCUCCUUCAUCACCCGCCCCCUGGCCGAGAUCCUGCGCGACAUGAACAAGAGGGUGCCGGACAAGGUGAUCAAGAUCAAGGUGGACGAAGAUGGCAACGAGCUCAAGUACAUUCCUUGGUUCCAUGCCAACAGGAUGCUGAGCUUCUACGCUCCAGGCUGGAGCGGAGAAGUUCGCAACUUGACAUUCUCGCCGGACAGCAAGACCGUCUCAGUCGUGUACCGAGUGACGAUCCGAGGCUCCGAUGGCGAGAUCUCUCGCGAGGCCUCGGGCACCGCUUACAUGCACGAUGUGGAGUUUGGCGAUCCCGUCCAGAAGGCCGAGGGCAUGGCGUUCCGGAGAGCCUGCGCGAGAUUCGGGCUGGGCCUCUACUUGUACCACGAAGACGAUGCGCAGUGAGUGAGAGACAAGCAAAGCUCUUAUAGCUAAGAUUUUGCAGUGUUUGAGAGACCUCGCUACGAGAGAAACGACGACUAAGAAAUACUCCUUGUAAAGUUGGAGGUGUCUGUUCCAUUUUUUCUAUCUUUCCUGCUGGUCACACUUUAUU